AUGCUUAUUGAAGAAUCAUACCAUGACGUGAAGACGUCCUACGGAACAACCAUGCGUUUGUUUGUAUACCACCCAAAGAUUUUGAAUUACCCACAGGCAAAGUUCCCCGGGGUAGUUGUGUACUCUGAAAUCUACCAAGUCACUGGACCAGUGUCCAGAUUUGCCAAGGACAUUGCUGGCCAAGGGUUUAUUGUGGUUGCUCCCCUGAUCUACCACAAUUGGGAAGGUCCAGAAGCAUUGGCCUACGAUGUCGAAGGUACAGACAAGGGUAAUGCCUACAAGAUUGAAAAGGAGAUCAAGAGUUACGAUGAAGACAAUUCACUUGCUGUUGAUUACUUGAAGUCUUUGCUGACCUGUAAUGGAAAGAUCGGUGCUACCGGGAUGUGUCUUGGUGGACAUUUGGCCUUCAGGGCUGCCUUGGACCCAAGAGUCAGUGCUGCAGUUUGUUUCUUUGCUACCGAUAUCCACAACCACGCCUUAGGAAAGGGCCAAAAUGAUGAUUCUUUAAAGAGAUGUAAGGAAAUCAAGGGUGAGAUAAUCAUGAUUUUCGGCUGUAAGGACAACCAUGUUCCUCUUGCUGGUAGGGAUUUGAUCCGUAGCGAGUUGAGAAAUGCUGGCGUAGAGAUGACAUUCAUUGAGAUCAAUGACGCUCAACAUGCAUUUGUUAGAGAUGAGAUGAGUAAAGGACGUUACGAUCCAGCAACCACCAAGAAUUGUAUGGAAUGGUUACUCGAAUUGUUCAACCGUAAGUUGAAAUUAGAGUAUGGUGAACCAGAUGGAAAGGCAGUCAAGAUUGAGAAUGUUUGUUAG